AUGACGCCAUCCGACUUCUUGGGCUUUGUGGGAGAGCGAACGCGGGAAGACGUGUCGCACUUCCGCCUCAUCAAGACGAGCAGGGCAAACAAAUACAUGGUGCUCAUGAAGUUCCGGAGUGCGAGACAGGCGAGGGAGUGGAGGAAGGAGUGGAAUGGCAAGGCAUUCAAUAGCAUGGAGCCCGAGUACUGCCAUGUCGUCUUCGUCAAAUCCAUCAACUUCCAGAACGGCGACUCGAACCGCGAUCCUACUUCGUACCCCGACUUGACCAACGAUCCCGUUUGCCCCCAGCUCCCUCCUAAGCAGUCGACUGCUCCAAUACCACCAGCGACUGGUGUCUCCUCACCUGUCGACGGACCCUCCAUGGCGUCUUCCCUCACAGCAAAGCCACAUGCACCUCCCACACCCGCUCUCGUCGAGCUCCCCACGUGUCCCGUCUGCUCACCAUUCUCUGCCAACACGUCUUCCACUGCGCCUGUCUGGAGAAGUGGCGCGGCUCUGGCUGCCCCGUAUGUCGCUACACCCAGAACGAUGCCUUUCACCUCCAACCGCGGCGCCGACGGCGAAGCCCCCGACAACGAAUGCAGCGUAUGCGGCUCAACAGAAAACCUCUGGAUCUGCCUCAUCUGCGGCAACAUAGGCUGCGGCCGCUACGAUUCGGCCCACGCCUUUGCACACUACGAAGCCACCUCGCACACCUACGCCAUGGACGUCGUCACCCAGCACGUCUGGGACUAUGCCGGCGACGGCUACGUGCACCGCCUGAUCCAGAACAAAACCGACGGCAAGCUUGUCGACAUGCCCGCCUCCACGCACGCAGGCGGCAUGACGGGCUACGCUAAUGAUACGGUCCCCCGCGAGAAGCUGGAUAACAUGGGCAUGGAGUAUGCGUACCUGCUUACCUCGCAGCUCGAAUCCCAGCGCGCGUACUUUGAAGAACAACUCGAGCGCGCCGUGGACAAAGCCGCCAAAGCCGCGUCUUCCGCUGACGAAGCGUCGCGCUCCGUCGCUUCUCUGUCCCAAAAAUUCGACCACUUGAGGACCCAGCAUGACGAUGCGACACGCACCAUUUCCACCCUCGAAAAGGAACUUGACCGCCACAAGCAAAAAUCCACCGCGUCCAGCGAUCUCGCCAGGAAAUUAAUGAAGCAGUACAAAGAAGAACAGACCAUCAACGAGAGUCUGAUGGCGCGAAUCAAGCACUUGGAAAAGAAGGCCGAGGAUGCGGAGAUCAAGGUCAAGCAGAUUCAGGCGCAAAAGGAGGAUCUGGAGGAGCAGAAUCGCGAUUUGAGUUUCUUUAUUAGCGGGCAGGAGAAGUUGCGGGAGAUGCAGGCGGGAGAGGGGUUGGAGGAGGGUGAGGUUGAGGGCGGGACGGUGGAGGUUGCCGAGGUGAAAAAGGGGCGGAGGAAGGGGAAGAAGAAGGCUUGA